AUGAUGUAUCUGAUAUCGAAAGCUUUGCAAUAUGGCGCUCCGUUCUUCAUUAUCACGUCGCCGGUGACGUCCUACGCAGAUCAGAUUAUCAGCAUUAAUCGGAACAGGAGCUCGGCCGGGUUUUCGUUGGACAUCCCGUUGAUUAUGCUUAUCGCGUCGAUUAUGAAGGUAUUCUAUUGGUUCGGAGCUUACUACGAUGUCUCGCUGCUAGUACAGGCUGUGAUUACAAUCGGGGUUCAGAUCGUGUUGCUCAAGGUUGCACUGGAUAACAGGCCGUCUCCGGGGAUCAAGAGCGGAAUCGAGCAUACGCCGUUUAGUAACCUCGAUGCAGGCGGAUUGUCCAGGCCGUAUGAGUUCUGGCAAUGGAAGAAUGCUAGACCGUAUUGGAUGUUCCUCGCAUAUUUCGCCGCUAGCCUGACCUUUAUCCACGUCUUAAUGUCCUACUCACAAACCUACAUCGAUCUGCUAGGCUAUGUUGGUCUAGCCAUUGAGGCAACGCUCCCAUUGCCCCAGAUAAUCGCCAACCACAGUUCUCGCUCGUGCAAGGGCUUCCGUCUCUCCGUCGUCGCGGCAUGGGUUCUCGGUGACACGAUGAAGCUCAGCUAUUUCUUCUUCGGCGGCCAGUUCGUCCCCUGGGCGUUCCGUCUGUGCGCCAUGUUCCAGUGCGUUUGCGACUUCUACCUUGGGUUUCAGUUCUACUUGUACACUCCGCGGGUUGCGGGCAGCCCUAGGAAUCAGGAGGGCUGGGGGACUGAAGAGAAGGAUAUUCGGAUGACUUGA